AUGCAUAGGAAAAAUAUAUUCGUGCGUAUCGUAGGAAGCUUGGCUAGGAAGUUUAGGGUUUUGCAAGAAGUAUGGAUACUGCCGUGGUGGGGCAGUGGGGGACUGGCGGCUGUGCCUUUGUGGACUAUAGAUACGUUGGUGCUGCUCCUCAAACUGUGCUCCACUGUUACCGUGGCAGCUGCAAAAGUGUUGAUCCCGCCGGCCAUGAAGAGUUUGCAUGGAGAAACUGUUUUGAUAACAGGCGCAGGACACGGAGUAGGUCGCGAACUGGCUAUUCAGUUUGCGGAGCUGGGUGCUACUGUCAUAUGCUGGGACAACGACACGCGGCGGAACAAUGCUGUCGUCGAUGAGAUACGGCUUAAAGAUGGAGAGUGUUACGGCUAUACGAUAGACGUGACAGCCCGCGAGCAGGUGACGGCCCUAGCGCUGCGUAUGCGCCGGCAAUUGACCGACGUGUCAAUGGUCGUGAGCAACGCGGGCGUGCUGUCCUGUGCACCCAUCAGCCAUGUUCGCCACGAUGCUAUUGUGAAGCUUAUUGAGACCAACUUGCUUGCACACUUCUGGGUCAUCCAAGCUUUCCUGCCAAGUAUGAUUGAGAGGAGGCACGGGCAUAUCGUUGCGAUUAACUCGAGCGCUGGUCUGAUGCCAUGUGCUGAUAUGAUUCCUUAUUGUGCUGCCAAAUUUGGACUGAGAGGUCUAAUGGACUCUAUAACAGAGGAGCUACGACUGGACACAUGGACGAAGAACAUCAACACAACAUCUGUCUACUUAGCGACCGUUGCUACCGGCAUGUAUCCGCCGCCGUCACAUCGGUUCACAUCGUGGUACUCAGAGAUCACGGCUAAGCAGGCCGCUAAGACUAUUAUAGAAGGAGUUCGCAAAAACCACCGGAAUGUCAGCAUACCGUCAUUUAUGAAGUUCCUCAUCGACCUCAACAACCUUAUGCCGUACAGAAUAAGGGUUAUUUUCACUGAUUUUUUCAAUAUUCGCCACAGAGGAUGGUUUUGUUUUUGCUAAGAGAAUCUUUAGUGGUUCUCGGCUAACUUUUAAGCCUAAAUAUCCUAUACGGAUAAUGUUAAGAGAGCUUUUAUGCUCUAAAAGUUUUUGGUUGUGAUGCUUGGAAAUGUGGAAUGAAGCACUUUACAAGAAGAUUGGUAAAGUGAGUGAGGAUAUGUGCAGAGUCACUCGACAUCAGCAUUGUUACACAAAGGGCAAAUUAGAGAAGUUCUUGGUACUGUGAUUUGCAACAAAUUUUGUCGAAUAAUCAAUACAAAAUUUGUUACCAACAUGGUAUAUUUUUAUGGGAGUGAAAGCGAUGUUGAUAAAAUAUUUCGAGUGAUGCACAAAUUCUUACAGACACUUAAGUUAGGUAGCUUUAUUUAAGUGCCAAUCUUCUCCACGUUUGCAAUCCAAAAUUUUUGUAAAGUAUUGUUUUGAUACAUGUGUUUUUUUAGCUGUAAUGUUAUAGAUGGUAUGAUAAAGACAGUUUUUAUUGUACGGGAUUUAGGUAUUCUUCGAAUAAAUCAUGAACUUUUGUAAAA